GCCCAGGCACGCAGGUUCCUGCUUUCUGGCUCCCGGUGGAGGCGUCCCUGUCCCCACCUCCGUUCUGGCCUCGAGCGGGAGUCAGUCCCCCGCACGCCGCCACCGCCAGCAUGUCAGGGGUACGCGCUGUGCGGAUCAGCAUCGAGUCGGCUUGCGAAAAGCAGGUCCAGGAGGUGGGCCUGGAUGGCACUGAGACCUAUCUGCAGCCGCUGUCCAUGUCGCAGAACCUGGCGCGUCUGGCUCAGCGAAUCGACUUCAGCCAGGGUUCGGGCUCCGAGGAAGAGGAGGCGGCAGGGGCCGAGGGCGACGCGCAAGACUGGGCGGGCGCCGGAUCCAGCGCAGACCAGGACGACGAGGAAGGGUUGGUAAAAUUUCAGCCUUCCCUUUGGCCUUGGGACUCAGUGAGGAACAAUCUGAGAAGCGCCCUGACAGAGAUGUGCGUUCUCUAUGACGUUCUCAGCAUUGUAAGGGAUAAAAAAUUUAUGACGCUUGAUCCCGUUUCUCAGGAUCCACUUCCUCCAAAGCAGAAUCCUCAGACAUUACAAUUGAUAUCUAAAAAGAAGUCACUUGCUGGAGCAGCACAAAUCCUAUUGAAGGGGGCAGAAAGAUUGACUAAAUCGGUUACUGAAAAUCAAGAAAAUAAGCUACAAAGAGACUUCAACUCUGAGCUUUUGAGAUUAAGGCAACACUGGAAACUGAGAAAAGUCGGAGAUAAAAUCCUGGGAGAUCUGAGCUACAGAAGCGCAGGAUCUCUCUUUCCCCAUCAUGGUACAUUCGAAGUAAUAAAGAAUACAGAUAUUGAUCUAGAUAAGAAAAUACCAGAAGAUUACUGUCCCCUUGAUGUCCAAAUUCCUAGUGAUUUAGAGGGAUCUGCAUAUAUCAAGGUUUCAAUUCAGAAACACGCUCCAGACAUAGGUGACCUUGGCACAGUUAACCUCUUCAGACGACCUUUGCCCAAGUCCAAACCAGAAUGGGCUAUGAUUAUACUUUACGAAGAUAAACAGUUUAUUCCUUUUCAUAUUUUAGAUUAUUUUCAUUUGUUCUUUUUUUUUUUAGGCUUGCAGUUAUCUAUUUCUUUGUGCCAUUCCUCAAAUGAUAAGAAAUCCCAAAAAUCUGCUACUGAGAAGCAAAGUCCAGAGGACCAUCUUUAUGUUCUAGAACAUAAUUUACAUCUACUUAUUAGAGAGUUUCAUAAACAGACCUUAAGUUCCAUCAUGAUGCCUCAUCCAGCAAGUGCACCUUUUGGCCACAAGAGAAUGAGACUUUCCGGACCCCAAGCUUUUGAUAAAAAUGAAAUUAAUUCACUACAGUCCAGUGAAGGGCUUCUGGAAAAAAUAAUUAAACAAGCUAAACAUAUUUUUCUGAGGAGUAGAACUGCUGCAACCAUUGACAGCUUAGCAAGUCGCAUCGAGGAUCCUCAGAUACAGGCUCAUUGGUCAAAUAUUAAUGAUGUUUAUGAGUCUAGUGUGAAGGUUUUAAUUACGUCACAAGGUUAUGAACAAAUAUGCAAGUCUAUUCAGCUGCAGUUAAAUAUUGGAGUUGAGCAGAUCCGAGUUGUACACAGAGAUGGAAGAGUAAUUACACUGUCUCAUCAGGAGCAGGAGUUACAGGAUUUUCUUCUGUCUCAGAUGUCACAGCAUCAGGUGCAUGCAGUUCAGCAGCUAGCCAAGGUGAUGGGAUGGCAAGUACUAAGCUUCAGUAAUCAUGUGGGACUCGGGCCCAUAGAGAGUAUUGGCAAUGCCUCCGCCAUAACAGUAGCCUCCCCGAGUGGUGACUAUGCCAUCUCAGUUCGUAAUGGCCCUGAAAGUGGCAGCAAGAUCCUGGUUCAGUUUCCCCGUAGUCAGUGUAAAGACCUCCCAAAAAGUGAUGUUUUACAAGAUAGCAAGUGGAAUCAUCUUCGUGGACCCUUCAAAGAAGUUCAGUGGAAUAAAAUGGAAGGUCGAAACUUUGUUUAUAAAAUGGAGCUGCUCAUGUCUGCACUUAGCCCUUGUCUACUCUGACUUUUUCCAGAGCAGUUAGAAACUUUGACUUGAGAUGUUUGCAGCAUCAACUAGAAGCACAAGGAAGAUAAAUCAAUCAAAGGAGUAUUUUUUUUUUUAAUUUAUUUUUUCCCAUACAAAAAUUUAUACAUACAUUGUUACGUGACUCUAAUUGCUCU